CCAGCUGGACACUCAAUAAUGAGGAGCCGUGCCUAGGGGCCACCAGAGGAGGGGAGAAAAGGAGGAGGACAAAGUGGAGAGGGAGGAGAUGGAGCAAUCCCUUAUGUGAUCAUUCCAACAACUCACAGCUUUUCACCUAACAUCCGGUUCAACUGUAAUGUGUUCAGCUCCAUAUCACCUGUACAGCGUCUGUGCCCUCUCCCUCAAACUCAGCAAAAUCUUACGGUCCUCUAAUCAAGAGAGUUUUGCUCCUGUUGCUGCAUGUCUCGUGUUUCACCGUCAGACCUGUGAGUUGAUACUUUUUCACCAAAGGGCUCUCCGGAGCAACAGUCUAGAGGAAUCAUUAACCAAUGGCAACAGGAAUCCAAGGAUAAAGUGAUUUCCCUCCUGUUAACUCAUCUGCCUUUGCUGAAGCCAGGAAACCUUGAUGCAAAAGUAGAGUAUAUGAAACUGCUGCCCAAAAUCCUGGCGCACUCUAUUGAACACAACCAGCACAUUGAGGAGAGCAGGCAACUGCUGUCCUAUGCUUUGAUACAUCCGGCCACUUCGCUGGAAGACCGCAGCGCGUUAGCCAUGUGGCUGAAUCACUUGGAGGACCGCACAUCGACCAGCUUUGGUGGCCAAAACCGAAGCCGCUCGGACUCUGUGGAUUAUGGGCAGACACACUACUAUCACCAAAGACAGAACUCCGACGACAAGCUCAAUGGGUGGCAGAACUCUCGGGAUUCUGGGAUUUGCAUCAAUGCCUCCAACUGGCAGGACAAAAGCCUGGGGUGUGAGAACGGCCACGUGCCCCUCUACUCCUCCUCAUCUGUCCCCACCACAAUCAAUACAAUUGGAACCAGCACAAGUACAAUUCUCUCAGGCCAGGCACACCACAGCCCUUUGAAACGAUCUGUGUCCCUUACCCCACCCAUGAAUGUGCCAAACCAGCCUCUAGGCCACGGAUGGAUGUCUCAUGAGGACUUACGAGCUAGAGGACCCCAGUGCCUCCCAUCCGAUCAUGCCCCCCUGUCUCCACAAAGCAGUGUAGCCUCUUCAGGAAGUGGUGGGAGUGAACACUUAGAAGAUCAGAACACUGCUCGUAACACAUUCCAAGAAGAAGGUAGUGGUAUGAAAGAUGUUCCAGCCUGGUUAAAAAGUCUCCGCCUGCACAAGUACGCUGCGCUUUUCUCCCAGAUGACCUACGAGGAAAUGAUGGCCCUUACCGAGUGCCAGCUGGAGGCUCAGAAUGUUACCAAAGGUGCAAGACACAAAAUUGUCAUCAGUAUUCAGAAGCUCAAAGAAAGACAAAACCUCCUGAAGUCUUUGGAAAGGGACAUCAUCGAGGGGGGCAACCUGCGCGUCCCACUCCAGGAACUGCACCAGAUGAUCCUGACUCCUAUCAAGGCCUACAGCUCCCCGAGCACCACCCCCGAGGCUCGCCGCCGGGAGCCCCAGGCCCCGCACCCGCCCUCGCUGAUGGGCCCUGAGGGCCAGAGCCCUGAUGUCAAAGACAGUGCCUCGGCCACCGGGGUCCCAGCAACCACCUCGGCUGGGGCCAGCGGGGGUCUGCAGCCACACCAGCUGAGUAGCUGUGAUGGGGAGCUGGCCGUCGCCCCGCUGCCGGAGGGGGAUCUCCCCGGGCAGUUCACACGUGUCAUGGGGAAAGUGUGCACACAGCUCUUGGUCUCCAGACCUGAUGAGGAAAAUAUAAGUUCCUAUUUACAGCUCAUAGACAAAUGUCUAAUUCAUGAGGCAUUUACAGAGACUCAGAAAAAAAGAUUGUUGUCAUGGAAACAGCAGGUGCAGAAGCUCUUUCGGUCUUUCCCUCGGAAAACCCUUCUAGACAUAUCAGGAUAUCGACAGCAAAGAAACCGCGGCUUUGGGCAGUCCAACUCCCUCCCGACAGCCGGCUCUGUGGGCGGUGGUAUGGGCCGGCGGAACCCGCGCCAGUACCAGAUCCCCUCCCGGAACGUCCCAUCCGCCCGCCUCGGCCUCUUGGGCACCAGUGGAUUCGUCAGCUCCACCCAGCGCAGCACCGCGGCCAACCCCACCAUCAUGAAGCAAGGAAGACAGAACCUAUGGUUCGCCAACCCUGGGGGCAGCAACAGCAUGCCGAGCCGCACCCACAGCUCAGUCCAAAGGACCCGCUCGCUGCCCGUGCACACUUCUCCACAGAAUAUGCUGAUGUUCCAGCAGCCAGAAUUCCAGCUUCCUGUGACUGAACCUGACAUCAACAACAGGCUGGAGUCCUUGUGCCUCAGUAUGACCGAGCACGCCCUGGGAGACGGGGUUGACCGGACCUCCACAAUCUAGAAGCUGAAGAUGAGAGUGACCGCGCUGGCCGUGAAAUCGACUGCUGCGGGUCCAGUGUCAGCCAUCUUCAGGGUUGCACAGAAUCCUCCGAGAUACUUUGCAGCCUUUUUUUUUCCCUGGUCCCUCUCCCAUUUUGAUUUUGUGAGAGCGUAGGUCGUCCUUGUAAACAUAUCAGUAGACCGGGGACUGGUUAUUUUGUCAUUUGUUUCUGUCACGGGAUGGCUUGGUGUGCGGGGUGGGGAGGGGUCUCUAGGGAAAUGUGGGGCCGGGAGGGGAUGGAGAGGGAAGGCAAGUGGCUUCCUGGAUGGAGAGAGGGGGAGAAACGAACAAAAAGAGUACCGCUGGCAAAGAGCUGGGAGAGACGAGGGAGGGAGGCUGAAUCCUGGGCCCAAGCGCCCCUCACAGCCCGCCUCCGCAGUCAGGCCCCAGGACGCAGUCGUGGGCGAGUGCGACCAAAGCAAGAUGGCGGCCCGCCCUCCCUGCCGCCAGGACCGGCUUUCCCUGAGGACCCGGCUUGGAGUCGAGCCGCAGCAGAGGGCCGCACGGCCCCGGCGGCAGAGCGGGGGGAACGUUCCCUCCAACAAAAUUUCAGAGAAACUUUGAUUUGUGUAUUGUUUACAUAACAAUUUUAAAGGGUACAUAAUGUGUAAAGAGUUUGGAUAGAACUUCUCUUCAUACUAUGGUUUUUGUAAAGGAUUUGUUGAUAUGGAUUCAUUUCUUUCCUCUAUUUUUAUAAUAGCAGCAGGGUUGUCUCUCAAAAUGGCUGCGAAGCCGCGCUUGCCGGGAAGGCGGACGCGUCACGUAGGCCGAGGAGGCGUCGGUCUUUCCACCGCGGCCGUGCUCGGCAAACAGGUGGGCUGGUGGGGCGAGCACGUGACCGGAAGCGCGGGGAAGGACCGCACCGUGUGUGUGAUCAGUUAGAGUCAGCUCGCAGGUCACCGUGAGACGCUGAAAGAAUCCUGCGGCCCCUUUCUGGGCUGGAUUUGCUUCCUCUUCCUCCCCACCCUAUGGUGGGGUUUCAUCCUAUCGCCCUCUGCCUCACUUCACACACACACAUACACGGGUUCAGGUUCCACGCUCACACACACACACAUACACACACACGUGGGUUCAAGUUCCACUGGAGGAAAAAUGACAAGGACCGACAUUUUUCCCUUGCGAAAGGCCUUCAUGUCAGAUCAGGAGCUCAAAAGACCACUUCCACUGCGAUUGCGCAGAGGGACCUGAGCCUGGGGGCCGCGUCCCCCUGGCUCGCUCACUGCUGAGGAAGGGGAGGAGAGCCAGACCCAGGACAGUGUCUAAGGGGUCAGUCAGCAAGUGGCAGAGAGAGCGUGUAGGGAGACGUGCAGUCCACGCGGCAGGGCGGGCUGUGAAGGAAGAUGUGAGAAAGGGCGGCUUCAGGAUGCAAACGUGGUUCCCUCCACGUGUACGUCAGGGGUUCGCUGUGUCGUCGAUCAGGCGGCACAGAAGAGCGAGAAAACCAGCCCUGACCUGGCGAGAUAUUAACAAACUGUGCUUCCGCGAAGUAAUAGCUCUGUUUCUUAAGGGCAAGAAAGACUACGUUUGGGAUUCGAGGCAAUGGAGGGUAUUAAAGGAAAUCAAAGAGGAGUUGUGCUUUGCACUGGAAAAUUGGUUUGUGUAAAUGAUGGUAUGAAUGCUCAGCCAGAGGCGAGAGCAGGGAGACGGUCUAAGGCCUGUUUAUUAAAUGGGUGAGUCUGGUGCCGUUGCUUUCGGCGAAGGCAGCGUCGAAAUUGGAGAGAUUGGACCAUGAAAAUCACUGCGCUUGCCUACGGUUAUUUAAAAAAAAAAAAAAAAUUAAUGAAGUAAAUACAGAUUUAAAAGGCCUUAAUGAAAUUUAAACAACUUUCUUUUACCUUCAAGAUUGAAAAUGUGCACCCAGUUCAGCCUUGCUUUUGAAGUUUUCUAAGGUUUAAAAAGGUGGGAGCAUCUUAACCGUAGAGAGCCUUUAGCAAGGGAAGGGGGCUUGAACCUACCACAUCACAUUUUGCGUUAAGACAGACCGACCUCCCCUUCGGGGACUACAUUCUAAACAUGCAAAUCCAUGUGCAGAAAGGGGCAGCAAUUUUUAGUGUGUUUUGUUUUUGGUUUUUGUUUUUUUGUUUUUUUAACCAAGUGCCAUUAACAUUCAUCCUCCACACCCCUUUUCUAAACAAGCUUCCUGUUGCUUGGGGAAUGUGUUGGGAUGGACGAUCACAUGUAAGGCAGGAAGAAAAGAUCAAAAAUGUCGAAGGCCAAAGGUAAGACCAGAGGGUUUGUGAAGGUGAUUUUUGGAUGCUAAGAAACUUAAUAAAGAGAAGAAAAAGCAAGGGUAUUACACAUCUUGUGGGGAAAUGAGAAAGCACUCAGAUCUGCUGCAAAACGCAUAUAUCCAUAAAGACUUGGGUUGUUCAGAAAACAGAUUGUGAACACAAUCACAUUAGCAUGAAUCCUUUAAAAGGAAGAAGACCUUAAAGUAUUUGCAAAUCUGGAUUUCUAUUUAUUCCUUCACUGAAUAUAGAAACAAUGGUUAUCUGAUUAUUAGAGAUAUUAUUUUGGAUAUGUUACUUAUUAACUUGCUAUGGCUGGUAACCAUGAUAAAGUCUGUUAUUAAUAACAACAUAAUUCUUUUUUUAAAAAAAAGAAAAGCUUAUUUUUCAUUGACUGUGUAUAGAUUUAUCUACUUAGUUGUGUUUUGCUAUUAGUGUUUCAAUUUUUCUUUUUUUUAAGUUGAGUGUUCUGAUAAAUUUUAGGAGCCUGUCCCCACCUUGUUUUGAGUCCUGUGUUGACUGCAGGUAUACAGCUCAAUUUUAAAAUCCUAAAGCAAAAGAACUUUAUUUAU